AUGCCUGUGCCUGAUCCUAGUUCUGGCCGCAAAUUCAUAUGGCUUGUAGCAUGUUUUUUGUUCAUUUCUUUAAUAGCAGGAGGUGUGUGCCUUGUUGCAUACAUGUACCUUCCUGAAUCUGAAACUUCAUCAUGGGUACCCGUAGUCGGUGUCGGAUUGGUUUGUCUACCAUGGGCUUUUUGGUUUUUCACAUGUUUAUAUAGAAUUUUCUCAAGGUGUUUAGGAUGUAGAGUUGGGAUGAUGAUGAGCGGCGGCGGCGGCGGCGGUGCAAACCAACCUAGGAAUGCAGAUGUUGAGAUUGCAGCUCAAUCAACAAAAGGUGGUAGUAGUGGUGGUGGUGGUGAAUUGAACAGGGUAUCUUCUGUUGCAUCACAUGAAAGUGAAAUUGCAUUGGCAAAAUCUAUGAGCUCGUGA